UCCUGGUAGUUGAGGGGCAACAUAACGUCCCCAACACACUGCUUUGGCCCCUGCUUCGGAUAAACGGGAGGCUCAAAUCAGGCUUCGUUUGAGUCAAUCGGCUGGUCGUUGAGUCAUUUGACCUCGGCCUGGAGUCAACUGAUCGAUGCAGACCGGGCGGACAUGUCAGACAAGAUGUGCUCUUCUCGACUGUAUUGUGAUGGUAUAGCUCCUGGGAAACCCUGGUGUGACAGUCUAUGGGAGUCCCCCAUGUGACAGCAUCCCCUUGUUGGGCCCCAUGGUGGGGGGUCACUAGGAGCCGAAUAAUUAAAUAUCAAUCAUGGACCCAAAAUCUUUUAAACAUUUUGACAAAGCGACAACAUCGACGACAAAAGAAAAGACCUCCAGCCAACCUGCUUACUUAAUAGUGCACGCAACUGGAGAAAAACCCCUCGCUAAGUGUUCUCCUUUUUUGAUUCAAAAGCUUUUUGAAUCAACCAUUGGGCAUUUAAAAAAGAUCCAAAAAUUGAGGUCAGGGGACCUACUAGUGGAAACAGCCUCUCCUCAACAAACAACAAAGCUUUCAACAAUGAAGACUCUUGGAGACAUGGGAAUAUUAGUCACACCACACAGAAGUUUGAACUCAUCACGUGGUGUGAUAUCUGAGUUUGAUUUGAUGUCUGAAGACGAAUCAGACAUUCAGAUUGUCCUGUUGGACCAAGGUGUCACUUCUGUCCGACGCAUUUCGAUUCGUCGAGAUGGUAAGUUGAUACCCACAAAACAUCUAAUUCUCACGUUCGACAAUCCAACAUUGCCAUCCUUCGUUACGGCAGGAUAUCUGCGCUGCCCUGUCCGUCCAUACGUUCCAAAUCCGCUGCGUUGCUUCAAAUGCCAGCGAUUUGGACAUUCUCAGACUUCCUGCCGAGGCAAAAGCUUAUGUGCACAGUGUGGUACUGAAGGUCACGACAGUACUGAAUGUAAAAGUACACCACACUGUGUGAACUGUAAAGAUGCCCAUCCUGCUUAUUCUAGGAAAUGCCCUGCAUGGCAAAGAGAAAAGGAGAUUCAACGGGUGAAAACUGUAAAAAAUGUAUCAUACCCAGAGGCCCGUCGCAUGGUCACUCCAAGUGCACCAUUGCAGCAGAAGACAUUUGCUAGUGUGUUGAAAUCCACUAAGACAUGUGGGGUUCAAACAGAUAUUUCUGUAUCCCCAAGUGAAUCUCUUACUCGCCAUGCAAAAUGCUUAUUGAUCGCAUCUGCACAAUCAGAAGAAAAGGAGAACACAAAGACUAAAACAUCUGUAACUAAAACGGGAGUAACAACCAGAAAUGUGGGUUCUAAAAAAGCCAGUAAGAACCCACUUAACAAAGAGUGAAAGCAGCCCUCUCAAAAGUCUCAAAAAAAUCAGAAGCUCAAUCUAUGAGCGAGUUUUCUGACAUAUCUGAUGAGGAGCCUUAUAUGGAGGUUUCAAAACCAAAGUCACCUCCAAAAGAGAAACCGCCUGUUAAAUUAAAGAGGGAUACCGUCGCAAAGAAUGCUGCCUCAAACACAUAAUGGAUUAUAAAAUAAUCCAAUGGAACUGUCGUGGUUUUCGCAACAACUUCUCUGACAUUAAACACUUGACAUCAUCUACCUCAUCACUCUGUGUGGCACUCCAGGAAACCCAUUUAAAACCUGGAGAAAAUAUAUCUCUCAAAGGUUUUAAUCUUUACCGCAAGGAUGAUGACAGCCACAACCGAGCCAGUGGCGGUGUGGCUAUUUUGGUUUCCAAUCGAAUCCCAUCUUUGCUGGUACAAAUAACCACUGAUUUACAAGCUGUGGCAGUGAGAAUUUCUAUUGGAGUAACUGUCACAGUUUGCUCUAUAUACUUGCCACCAGAUGUCAGAGUCAAGGAAGAUGAAUUGGAUGCCUUAGUUGAACAGCUGCCAACACCAUUCCUUUUACUGGGUGAUUUCAAUGGUCACAAUCCUAUGUGGGGCAGUCCUGACAUUAAUCGUCGAGGCAGAGCCAUUGAACGACUCAUAGGCAAUCAGCAAAUGUAUUUAUUUAAUACUGGAGAUGUGACAUACUUCCAUGCCCCAACAAGAAC